UGCGCGGGUGUGAGGGAGUCGGGGCUCCGGUGGUCGGCAGCGGCGUUGGCGCCCCGCGCAGGCUGGAGGCCGCCGAGGCUCGCCAUGCCGGGAGGACUGUAGCUCCCCCAUGGAGUCGGCCGACUUCUACGAGGCGGAGCCGCGGCCCCCGAUGAGCAGCCACCUCCAGAGUCCCCCCCACGCGCCCAGCAGCGCCGCCUUCGGCUUUCCCCGGGGCGCGGGCUCCGCGCAGCCCCCCGCCCCACCUGCCGCCCCGGAGCCGCUGGGCGGCAUCUGCGAACACGAGACGUCCAUCGAUAUCAGCGCCUACAUCGACCCGGCCGCCUUCAACGACGAGUUCCUGGCCGACCUGUUCCAGCACAGCCGGCAGCAGGAGAAGGCCAAGGCGGCUGCGGCCCCCGCAGGAGCCGGCGGCGGCGACUUUGACUACACGGGCGCCCCCGGGGGGCCCGGCGGCGCCGCGAUGCCGGGAGGGGCGCACGGCCCCCCUCCUGCUGGCGGCGCGCUCAAGGGGCUGCCGGCCGCGCACCCCGACCUCCGCACGGGUGGCGGCGGCGGCGGCGGCGCGGGCAAAGUCAAGAAGUCGGUGGACAAGAACAGCAACGAGUACCGAGUGCGGCGCGAGCGCAACAACAUCGCGGUGCGCAAGAGCCGGGACAAGGCCAAGCAGCGCAACGUGGAGACACAGCAGAAGGUGCUGGAGCUGACCAGUGACAAUGACCGCCUGCGCAAGCGGGUGGAACAAUUGAGCCGCGAACUGGACACGCUGCGGGGCAUCUUCCGCCAGCUCCCCGAGAGCUCCCUGGUCAAGGCCAUGGGCAACUGCGCAUGAGGCGCAGGGCGGCGGGACCGCCCUGGGACGGCCGCUGGCUGGGACCCAGGGAGUGGUUUCGGGUCUCCGGAUCUCAAGACUGCCCCAGCGGCGCAGGCCGGGACUAGGAGAUUCCGGUGUCGCCAGAAAGCCUGGCCUGCCGCGCGCGCCCCUUGCCUUCCUCAGCGACAGAUUCGGUGCGUCUAAGAUGAGGGGUCAGGCAGUGGUUUCUCCCUGCCGGAGAGAAGGGCCGCGGGGCUCCGCCGGGAGCCCGGCAACUCUAGUAUUAAGGAAUAACCUUGUGCCUUGGAAACGCAAACUCACCGCUCCGAUUCCUACCGAGUAGGGGGAGCAAAUAUGUGCCUUGUCAUUUUAUCUGGAGGGUCCCUGCCUCAUUCCAGAGGCUGCAGGCCCCCAUGAGAAGAGGUAGUGUGCGGGCCUGUCUACGGCAGGAGGAAGGCUGUUCUGGGAGCAGGGAUCCCGACAAGCCAGCCCUGGCCGCUCCUCAAUGCCGCUCCUUGCAGAGGAGGAAAUACAGGGGCUUGGAACGUUGUGCCCCUAGUUCUGCAUGAAGGUGGAGGGUCCCGAGUUCCUGGCCUCUAAUCUCCCAGCCCGCGACAGGCUGGGCUUCCCUGGGCAAACCCACUGGGAUGGGGGUCACCAGGUGACCAGUGGGAGCCCCCUGCCCCUAGUCAGAUCAGAAAGCUAGGUAGUGGGUGAGCUGUAAGGACAUGUGUUCAUGGGAGUGGUAGCCUGGUGGAAAAGGGAAACCCAGAGAUCUGGUCGGGGGUGGGGGUGGGGCAGAGGGCCACUGGGACCAUCAGCCUUGUCCUGUAUGUUGCCGGCAUCGCCAUACAAGCCCAGAGGGACCGAAGUUAUGAGAAGCUUUUCAAAUAUUUUGCUUUAUCAGCCGAUAUCAACACUUGUAUCUGGCCUCUCUGUGUCCCAGCGGUGCCUUGAGCAAUGUGAAUGUGCACGUCUAUGCUAAAAACCACCAUUUUAUUUGGUUUUUGUUUUGUUUUGGUUUUGCUCAGAUACUUGCCAAAAUGAGACUCUUUGUCAGCAGCUGCAGGGAGGGUCUGCGGCUCUCUUUCCUUUUUGGUUUUUGGGAUUGCUUUUGCUCCCAGGGGAACCAAAGAGGUGAGGUGGGCUUCCUCUUUCCCUGGGGGGGGUGGGCUGAGGGGGGGGGGGUGAGGCGAUGCGCCUCACUCCCCUCUGGCCCGCCCUGCCCCCUGGCUCGGGCUCCUGGUCUGGAAGGGAGGCGGCCCCCAGCCAGCGCGCACAUAUCGCUGGGGCUGGGAGCCGGGAAGGACAGCUUGGUUCUCUUUGGGGGAGGACGUAGAGUUUCAUGCUAGAUGUUUUAUGUAUUAUAUCUAUAAUAUAAACAUAUCAAAGUAAA